AUGGUGCUCACAAACUGCGAGGAAAACGACGCUGGGAAGUACGUUGUGGAGCUACAGAAUUUGAGGAAUACAGACAGAGGCUUAGUUGGGGGGAAGAACGCCAGCCUGGGUGAGCUGCUGAGUCUCGGGCUCUUGGUCCCGCGAGGCUUCGCUGUGACGGUCGCCGCGUACGAGUCCUUUAUCGAAUUCAAUAAGCUGGACACGAAAAUUCAGUCCAUUCUUCAAGGUCUGAACUUAGAGUCGCCCAGCUCGCUGGAGGAAGCCUCAAAGGCAAUAAUGGCGUUGUUGGAGGAUGCUGCAUACCCACCGCCCGUAGAGCAGAUGAUUCGAAGUGCGUACCGCAACUUGGUGAAAACCCUUGGGGCGCAAGAGCCACUGGUUGCAGUUCGCAGCAGCGCAACUGCGGAGGACUCUGCAGAGGCAAGUUUUGCUGGCCAGCAAGAGACGUAUCUGUGCGUGCACGGCAUCGAUGCGAUCCUCCAGUAUAUCAAGAAAUGCUACGGCUCGUUGUUCUCGCCUCGCGCCAUUGCAUAUCGGGAGGAGAAAGGCUACCCGCACCUGGAUAUGCGCCUGAGUGUGGGUGUGAUGCAAAUGGUUCAGAGCCGUGUCUCGGGGGUUUGUUUCACCCUGGAUCCGGUUACCGGCAAGCGUGAUCUGAUCGUUAUUGAGUGCUGCUGGGGACUCGGCGAGAUGGUCGUUCAGGGCAGGGUUCGACCGGAUCGUUUCGUGGUCGAAAAGGCAAGCGGGCGUGUGCUCGAGCGCCACACUGCCUCAAAGCCGCUGAUGAUGGUGCGAGCCGCAGUCGCUGACGGCGUCCAGGGCAUCGACGCAGCAUCCGCUGACACGCUGACCCGUGAGGUACCCGUACCAGCGGACCUGGUGGAGGCUCCGUGUCUCACCGAUGCACAGAUACAGGAGCUCCUACGAACUGCACUCACCAUAGAAAAGCAUUACGGAAUACCAAUGGACAUUGAAUGGGCCAUAGAUGAGGAAAAGAACCAGCUCUAUGUGCUUCAAGCGCGUCCCGAAACAGUCUGGUCAGACAGGAAAGCAGCCUCGCGUCGCGAGGUUUUGGUACGUGGCCUCGGAGCAUCGCCAGGGCGCGCACACGGGAAAGUGCGAGUCCUUCUUGAUGUCCAGAACAUAUCGGAGUUCCAACCAGGUGAAGUGCUUGUCACAUCAAUGACAACGCCGGACUGGGUGCCAGCGAUGAGAAAGGCGGCGGCCAUCGUCACCGACAGUGGCGGAAUGACUGCGCAUGCCGCGAUUGUCUCGCGUGAACUUGGCUUACCAUGUGUGGUUGGCACCGGCAAAGCAACCGAGAUUCUUCGAAGCGGCCAGAUCGUGACGGUGGACGGAACGCUGGGUGUCAUACUGCGCGGAGUACACAAAGCCGAGGAGGACACACCGCCCAAGGCAGGGAUAUCCGCUGACGCAGUCGCGUCGAUGGUAUUGCCGAUCACGGCUACUCGCGUCUACAUGAACCUCGGUGAACCAGAGAAAAUGCAGGAUCUACGUCACCUGCCAUUUGACGGCAUUGGGCUCAUGCGGGUCGAGUUCAUCCUUGCCAGCUGGGUUGGACACCAUCCCAUGUACAUUAUCGAGAACAAGGAGGAAGAAAUGCUCGUGGAGAAGCUCGCGGAAGGUAUUUCCAUGGUCGCACAAGCUGCCUAUCCGAGGCCAGUCAUUGUCCGAUUUAGUGAUUUCAAGACCAACGAAUACCGCUCCCUGAAAGGCGGCGAACGGUACGAGAUCCUUGAAUCUAAUCCGAUGCUCGGCUGGCGGGGCGUCUCGCGCUAUGUCAGCGCUGAGUACGAGGCCGGGUUUCGCCUCGAAUGCCGAGCGAUGAAGCAGGUUCGGGAUGAGCAGGGUUUGAAAAAUGUCUGGGCCAUGUUACCAUUUGCACGAACGACCUGGGAGGUGCAGCGUGCGCUUGACUUGAUGCGCUCUGAAGGACUGCAGCGCGCUUCCGACUUCAAAGUUCUGCUCAUGGCGGAGGUUCCCAGCGUUGUUCUGCUCGCGCGCGAUUUUGCUCAGCUCUGUGAUGGAUUUAGUAUCGGUAGCAACGACCUAACGCAGCUGUUGCUGGGCGCGGAUCGAGAUUCCCCGAAGCUUGCCACUUUGGGAUACUUUGAUGAGCGCGAUCCGGCAGUCAAGGCCGCGAUGCGCAUCCUCAUCGAGGAAGCCCACCGUGCCAAUAUCACUGUGAGUAUCUGCGGGCAGGCUCCUUCAGUAUAUCCGGAUUUAACCGAGUUUUUAGUUCGCUGUGGCAUUGACAGCGUGAGUGUCAACCCUGAUGCUGUGAUCAGUACGCGGAAACAGAUCGCAAGCGUUGAGCAGAAGAUACUCCUCGAGAAUGCACGCAGAGCACUGCUGGAGCAGCACAGCACGGGGCGCUAG